CCGGGCGCCGGCUCCGGGGCUGUCAGCGCAGGACCGCGAGGGCGCGAGGAGGCGCGCGAGCAGGAAGGAGCCGCGGCCCGGGGCCGCCGCCACGCCGCCGCGGGGGGACUAGGUGAACGAACGCUCCUUCCAUCCCCCGCCCGGGCGCCGGGUCGCGUCUGAGGAGGCGGGGUCCCCUCUCAGCCGGGCCGGCGCGGCCGCGCUCCGGGGCAGACUAUCCUACCUGUCAAUUCUUGGGCAUCUUACUGCCUGUUUCCAUGUCUCAUAUCUUGAGAAAAGCCACAAAGAGGCAACUGUAGCACCUAAAAACCUGCCGGUCAAAGCUGCGGGUCAGGUCUCCCCUCAGGCAGGGAAAGUCCUGAAUCCGGAAGUUGUCCUCCUAGGAAUUGGAAUGGAAAAGGAAAACUUCCUUUGAAGGCAUCCGAGUGGGAGAGAGCCAGUGAGAGUUUAGGGGUGGAGCCUGUCUGGAAUAUUGACCUUUAUCCUUAGAGUCUUUAGAGAGGAUUUGGUUGCUGGCCAGCCACUCAGAAGCCUACUCUGGGAUUGGGGGUCAGAGCGGACUUUGAGAAGAGCAUUAAGUAAUCCAGUCCCUCUGUGGAACUUCUAUACACCUUUUUUUUUAGUAGAAACGUUAUUUCCUACAAAAUGAAGGCAACAUCUUAAUUCAAACCAGCAUUUGUGUGGUUCUGAUUUACCUACAAUGGUGUACAAAGCUUGAGGUCCAAGGAAUACAGGGUCUUUUGCGAUGACAAUAUGACUAAUAGCAAAGGAAGAUCUAUUACUAAUGACAUAAGUAGUGGUCCAAGUAAUGGAGGAGGUUUAGUAGACUGGACUUUAAGCUUAAAUACAAUUCAGUCUGAUAAGUUUUUAAAUUUAUUGUUGAGUAUGGUUCCAGUAAUUUACCAGAAAAACCAGGAAGAUAGACACAAAAAAGCAAAUGGCAUUUGGCAAGAUGGGUUAUCAACAGCAGCACAGACUUUUAGCAGUCGAUCUGAGCAGCACAUGGAGUUUCACAGUUUCUCAGAGCAGUCUUUUCAUGGCAAUAAUGGGCACACACCAGGAAGCUGCAGCCCCAAGUAUGACGACUAUGCCAACUACAAGUUCUGUGAUGGAAGGAGUACUGCAGAGGCUGCUGCCAUGCUACAGAAUGAAGAUGCAUCUAGUGAAGGGGAUGAAGACGCCAUUGUGGAAACAAACCAGAAAUCACCAAAGGAAUCCAGUGGUGUCAUGGCACUGCAAAUACUUGUGCCAUUUUUACUAGCUGGUUUUGGAACAGUUUCAGCCGGCAUGGUUUUGGAUAUAGUUCAGCACUGGGAGGUGUUCAAAAAAGUAACAGAAGUUUUCAUUUUAGUUCCUGCACUCCUUGGUCUCAAAGGGAACUUGGAAAUGACAUUGGCAUCCAGAUUAUCCACUGCAGUAAAUAUUGGGAAGAUGGAUUCACCUAUUGAAAAGUGGAACCUAAUAAUUGGCAACUUGGCUUUAAAGCAGGUUCAAGCAACAGUGGUUGGUUUUCUAGCGGCUGUGGCAGCAAUUAUACUGGGCUGGAUUCCAGAGGGGAAAUACUAUCUUGACCAUUCCAUACUUUUGUGCUCUAGCAGCGUAGCAACUGCUUUCAUUGCAUCUCUUCUACAGGGAAUAAUCAUGGUUGGGGUUAUCGUUGGUUCAAAGAAGACCGGCAUAAAUCCUGAUAACGUUGCUACUCCCAUUGCUGCUAGUUUUGGCGACCUCAUAACUCUCGCCAUAUUAGCCUGGAUAAGUCAGGGUUUGUACUUCUGUCUUGACAACUAUUACUACAUUUCUCCAUUAGUUGGUGUCUUUUUCUUGGCUCUAACUCCUAUCUGGAUUAUAAUAGCUGCUAAACAUCCAGCCACAAGAACAGUUCUCCACUCGGGCUGGGAGCCUGUCAUAACAGCUAUGGUUAUAAGUAGCAUUGGGGGCCUUAUCCUGGACACAACUGUAUCUGACCCAAACUUGGUUGGGAUUGUUGUUUAUACACCAGUUAUUAAUGGUAUUGGUGGUAAUUUGGUAGCCAUUCAGGCUAGCAGGAUUUCUACCUACCUCCAUUUACAUAGCAUUCCAGGAGAAUUGCCUGAUGAACCCAAAGGUUGUUACUAUCCAUUUAGAACUUUUUUUGGACCAGGAGUGAAUAAUAAGUCUGCUCAAGUUCUACUGCUUUUAGUGAUUCCCGGACAUUUAAUUUUCCUCUACACUAUUCAUUUGAUGAAAAGUGGUCACACUUCUUUAACUGUGAUCUUCAUAGUGGUAUACUUAUUUGCUGCUGUACUACAGGUAUUUACCUUGCUGUGGAUUGCUGACUGGAUGGUCCAUCACUUCUGGAGAAAAGGAAAGGACCCAGAUAGCUUCUCUAUCCCCUAUCUAACAGCAUUGGGUGACCUGCUUGGGACAGCUUUGUUAGCCUUAAGUUUUCAUUUUCUUUGGCUUAUUGGAGAUCGAGAUGGAGACGUUGGAGACUAAUAAAUCCUACAAACUGUUCUCAAGUUCCAAGGAGGAAAACACAAGACAACUACUUAUGACUCUUUUAAAAAUCUUAAAUCAGUAGUUUAACUUCUACCAGGGUAAUCUUCAGUUGGCCCUGAUUCAAUUAAAUGGCCUUAACAUUUUUUUAAGGAAUUUGUGUUAAAACCAGAAUGAACAGUAUUUGUGUUGCUUUUCAUAGAAUAAAUGGUAAUUUGACAUAGACGUAGACACAAGCUUAAGCUCUGAAAUUAAUUAAAUAGGAAAGAAUACAGGAUGUUUACAGUGAAUAAUUUAAAAACCACUGAUGUAGCAGAGAUGUGCUUUAUUAUUGUUUAACUUAUAAAGCCAGGUUUGAGGAAACAGAGUUUUAGCCUGUCUUGUCUCACAGAUGUGUUGUACUGCAAAUCCUACUAUAAAAUGAAAGGGACCCAAACCAAGCCUCUAAUAGUUUUAACUAUUAGUUUUUAACUAAUAGUUUUAACAUAGCAGGCAUGUGUGUCAAGUUUUUUAACUUUAUUUUUUGCCUAACAAAGCCAAACUCCAUUCCCGAACACUUUUCCUCUGUGGCUCUGAAGAAAGCCCCAACACAAUGCCCGGCCUCCUCUCUUGGCCCGGGCCAGGUUGGUCCCUCCUGCCCAAGCCCAGAAGUUACAGCACCUCUCAGGGGCAGGGGAGAGGCGGAGUGGGGAAGGGGGCUUCCUCAUGUUUUCUUUCAAACAAAAAACACAAUCUUAUUUUUCUCUAGAAAAGCAAAAAAAGGAAACCAAAAAAGAUACCAACCUUUGAACUAUUAAAAAAAAAAAUCAUGGCUGGCACCCCUCUCUGCUAGCUGAGGGUAAGUGAUCAGUUACUAGCUCCCAGCCUGACCAAAUAUGUUCUGCUGAGCAUGAGAUAAACUCACUUUCCUCUGUGCCAAUGCUAAUUUAAUUUUAGUUCUGUAAGAUCUUGGCAGGCUACCCUUUAAAUACAGAAUGACCUCAAGAGAUCUUUAAAAGCAGUGGGUCAUUUUGAUCAUUGAUAUGCUGAAAGAAUUUUGAUCUAAGAAGACUGAAUAGUUAAAACCAGAAGAUAAGCUGAGCUGCAUUUGUAGGGACAAGGUGUGAGAAAUUGUGUGUGUGUGUGUGUGUGUGUGUGUGUGAGAGAGAGAGAGAGAGAGAGAGAGAGAGAGAGAGACAAAGAAGCAGCAAAGAGAAAUGUUUGAAGGAGAGCUGAAUCUUGGAUCAUUGAUAGCAAAGAUCAUAGUGCUAUUGAAAUUUUAGCAUUAUGUAAUUAUCCUUAAACACAUUUUAUUGAUAUGCUUUUGUCAUUUGGUCCACAAAUUUUGCUACUCUCCAUGAUUUACUAUUUAUUACCUAUAUUAUAAUGAUUAGAUUUUCCUAUUUAAAAACUACCAUUUAAUAUAACCAUGGUUAUCUUCUAAAAUUUUGAAUAAGUAAGUGAUUCAUUUGCUCUUCUAAAGAAGUAUGUUGCAUCUUUUAGGCUUACUGUUUUAAAAGAGAGGUUGGUGGGUUAUUUCAAUUAUUGACCAUGCCUGUCCAUACCACCUAUCUGCACAGGCUUAUUUCUACAUGGGACUCUAUCACAUAAGUGAUAUGCUAUGUUUCCUAUAUAUUUUUCUAAAACUCUGACCUAUAUUCUAAAAUUUGACCAACACUUUACUUAUUCAAUAGUAAGCAUUUUUAUAUCACGUACAGUUCAUUUAAAAAAUACAGUAGAACCUCUCAAGAUCAUCAGAUACCUAAUAGUUGAACUGGUAAAGGGAAAAUAUUCAUUAACAUUGAUUUUUAUGGUUUAAGUUGUGAGUUAGUGUUAACAUUAUGUAAAUAGUACAUUGUUUAUAUAAACAUGUUAGAGGAAGUAUUCCUAUUACACUCUUUAAAAUGAGACUGUGGUGUAGAGUUAUAUAUUUUUGCUUAUUUUGAAACUUUAAUUAUUCCACUCUUCUGCCUUAUAAUGAAUCUUCCAAGGUAGAGAACUGAACUAAUUAUAGACUUUCUCCUUUGGAGAGUUAUAAUGUCAAAUAGUGAACAUUCUCUUAAAAGAAAGAACAACUAAGUCAAUGAAUAUUUAGUUGCAAAGAUUUUUUAAUUUAAAAAAUCCAUAAAGAAUCUCUGAUUUUAUCGUAAAGCAUUUGUAAAUUACUUACUUACAUUUGGGCUGUAUGAUUCAUAAGCAUUUCUAUUUGCCGAUAGAUUUUUAUCUGGAUUUUUUUUAAGAUUUUAUUUAUUUUCAUGAGAGACACAGAGAGAGAGGCAGAGACGUAGGCAGAGGGAGAAGCAGGCUCCAUGCGAGGAGCCCAUUAUGGGACUCGAUCCUGAAUCCCAGGAUCAUGCCCUGACCAAAGGCAGACGCUCAACCGGUAAGCCACCCAGGCGUCCCUUAUCUGGAUUUAUAACAUAAAAAAGUACCCAGCAAAUUACAUUUUUAAAGCAUUUACCAUAAUCUUUAGUGUAUUACAUAUUCUGAAACACACUCAAAUACACACCAUCACAUAGUACAACGUACCUGUGAAAUAAAUCAGGUAGAUAUUCUUAUCUGUAUUUUUCAGCGUAAGAAACUGAAAAGCAGAGAAGUUACCCUUUUAACAUUGCCUGGGUGCAUAGUGCCCAAAUCGUGACUAAAAUCUGGGUCUCUGGUCUCCUGAGCCAGUUACUCUUUCUAUGACCCCCGAGUGUAUCAAGAGUACUUAACUAAUGAACUGACAGGAAAUAGGCUAGAGCAUCAGAAUUUUCUAAAGUAAAAGAAUAGAAUAAUACUACAUCUUUUAGGUCAGACAGGGAAGCCUCCACCAUCUAUCUCAAUGGUAAGUGUAGCCAAUUCUAAAUUAUUCAUGUGCUUAAGACCAAGGAAAACAGAUAAAUGAAGACUUCAGAAUAAAGAAUAAUGCCUGAUUUCAUUGAACAUUUAGCAUCCACCACCUUCCCAGAUUUAACAUCAUCUGUAGAUGCUAAUAAGUAACUAACAUGGCUGAUUCGAGUUCUUUCUCCUUUCUGUUUUGGUACCUGAUCUUGGUUACAGCAACAAAAUGUCUAAAAGGCAUGUCAUAGGGAAAAAUAAAGACAUGGAAAAAUCAGUUACUAAUUAGCUCAAUUUGCUUAUAAAAGGGAAGUAGAUUCCUUAAACAUUUUUUACUGGUUUUUUGAAAGCCUUUACAUAAGUAUGCAGCUAAUAAGAUGAUUUAUUUACCCACGAAAUAAUUUAUUAUCAGUCAUAUGUAAAUUGACAGUAUUUAUUUUUAUACAAUAUAAAAAUUCCUCUCCAAACUUCUUCCUUUCACUAAUUUAUCAGACACUUUAUUUAUAUAGAGAUCAUCUUUUUAAAAACAUAUUUUUAUUCUUGCUCACUAAUCAUUUUUUUUUCCUUUAAAGUAUAAAGUUUAGAAGUUAAUAAAAUGGAAACUUAUGGUAAUGUCUCUUCUGGGAGACAUCAAAAGUUCCACAUCAUACACUAUCGGUGAUAUAGCCAAAUGAAGUACAUUUUAUGAAGUCUUUCCGUAAUUGGGCUUCCUUGCCUUAUAAUGUAUCUGUGGUAUAGUAUACCCAUUUAUGAUGGGCAUCUGCUAUCUUUGAAUUGUUGUAAAGUCAAAUAAGAAUAAAAUGUAAGAAAUAUGA